AACGGUGGCCUUGAUGAUCUCCUCUGACGGAAUAAAUACUUUGAUAUUGACGUCAAAUCCCCGGCAUGCCCAAGCAUGGUCAGCUUUUUUUCCGCGUGUAAUCGGGUUUUCCUUCGGCUAUUUCCGUUGAAGUUACACAAUCCCCGCCCCACUUGAUUCCUGUGUUGUUUGGGGACAGUAGGAAGAUGGCGGCUGCUCCGCUAUACUGUGUCUGCCGGCAGCCCUAUGAUGUGAGCCGGUUUAUGAUCGAAUGUGAUAUCUGUAAGGACUGGUUUCACGGCAGCUGUGUCCAAGUGGAGGAGCACCAUGCAGCCGAUAUUGACGUCUAUCACUGUCCCAACUGCGAUGUCCAGCACGGACCCUCCUUGAUGAAAAAGCGCAAUAACUGGCAUCGCCAUGACUACACCGAGCCAGGUGACGGCACCAAGCCGGUGCAGGCGGGGACGUCAGUGUUUGUGCGGGAGCUGCAGGAGAGGAGCUUUCCCAGUGCGGAUGAGAUUGUCUUGAAAAUGCAAGGGCACCACGUGACCCCAAAGUAUUUGGAGAAGCACGGGUUCAACCACCCCAUCAUGUUGCCCGAGUUUGAGGGACUGGGUCUCAAGCUGCCCCCUCCUUCCUUCUCCGUAAAAGACGUGGAGGAGUGUGUGGGGGGUGACAAAGUCAUUGAUGUCAUUGACGUUGCCAGACAAGCAGACAGCAAAAUGAAACUCAAAGAGUUCGUCAAGUAUUACUACCAGCCUCAGCGACCAAAAGUGUUGAACGUCAUCAGCUUGGAAUUCUCAGACACCAAGAUGUCUGACUUGGUGGUGGUACCGGAUGUCGCUCAGAAGAUGUCCUGGGUGGAGAACUACUGGCCGGAUGAUUCCUUCUUCCCCAAGCCCUUUGUGCAGAAGUAUUGCCUAAUGGGGGUGAAAGACAGCUACACUGACUUCCACAUAGACUUUGGGGGCACGUCGGUGUGGUACCACGUCCUUUGGGGAGAGAAGAUAUUCUACUUGAUCGAGCCGACCAAGGCAAACCUUGCACUUUACGAGGCAUGGAGCUCCUCUGUCAAUCAGAGCGAAGUAUUUUUCGGGGAGAAGGUGGAGAAGUGCUACAAGUGCGUGGUGCGGCAAGGAACCACUAUUCUCAUUCCCACAGGAUGGAUCCAUGCCGUUCUCACCUCUCAGGAUUCUAUGGCUUUCGGAGGAAACUUUCUUCACAACUUAAACAUAGGCAUGCAGCUCAGGUGCUAUGAAAUGGAGCGACGUCUGAAGACCCCUGACCUCUUUAAGUUUCCCUACUUUGAGGCAAUCUGUUGGUAUGUGGCCAAGAAUCUCCUGGAGACAUUGAGAGAAUUGCGAGAGGAUAACUGUCCGCCCCAAGCCUACCUUGUGGAAGGGGUGAAAGCUUUAAUCAGUGCACUGAAAACAUGGCUUAAAAGAGAGGUGACCGAGCCCACCAGUGAGGUUCCUGACCAUAUCAGACCACACCAUCUGGUCAAGGAGCUCACCAAGGAAAUCCGCUACCUGGAGGAGGACCAAGGCAGUGGUGGUGGACACAAGCCAAUGAAAACUCAGGGAAAUGGGGGUUGUCCCCUGACUCGCUCCACGCUCGAGCGUGGGUGCCACGCCAGGCGGGCGGCUCGGAGGUUGCGGGAGCAGCAGCAGCAGCAGCAGCAUCAGCAGCACACCCCGAAGCUGUCCUCCAACCUGGAUGUCCUGGAGCGGCACACGCGCGAGGUCCUGAAGAGGCUGGAGGUCGGCCCACUGGAGGAGGAUCCAGACUUUAGCACAAGAGUGCAUGGAAAGUUCAACAAGGUCUCCAUGGCUUCUGCGGUUACGAUCGAGAAGGGCCUGGACAAUAAUCUGCACCUGGUGAUGUGCAAUGGCAGAAUUGUCAGAGACCAGCGGCCUCGUGGUUUAAUGAAGACUUCGGUAAAGACUGAGAACGGAAAUAUGUUGGCAUACCAACUUAAGCAGGUCAAGACAGAAAGGAUCGAUUCGGAUGAAGAGCAACAUUGCUCCAGAGAUUUUCACACAAAUACUCAGCCAGAACUCAGGGGAGAAACGUCUGGUGUUUCGGAUACCGAAUCGGAGGACAGUGGAAGCACAGAGCGGAGGGAUUCCUCUUCGGAGGAUGAUUCAGGGAGUUCUGAGGAUGAAAAGGACGACGUGAAAGGCUCGAUGGAGGACUCAGGGAGCGUGAUGGGGCACCAGGCUAACACAAAACACAAUCAUAAACACAGGCCACUCAAAAGAGAACGUCCUACCUCACCAAGCACAGAAGAAGCCAUUCAGGGCAUGCUGUCCAUGGCUGGGUUGCUCUGCCCACAGCGGCCGGACGAGGAUGGCAACUCGCAGGAGCCAUGGUGGUCCCGGACGGUUCACCUCUCCCCAGAACACCGAGACAGGCAGCCGCCGUCCGGCCCGGAGAGCAAGGUCUUCAUGGACAGCCAGGGCAACAGUAGCAGCGAGGCCUGGGACCAUCACGAGAUCCCGCCCAGCCCUUUACGCCAAGAAGACAGCCCGAGGGGGGACUUCCAGUACCGGGAGAGCUCCAUGUCCCCUCCCCUGCACCCUUCCAAGAGACAUGCUUCCAACCCCCCUCCCAUCAGCAAUCAGGCUACUAAAGGCAAACGUCCGAAGAAAGGAAUGGCUACAGCCAAGCAGAGACUGGGGAAGAUCUUAAAGCUCAACAGACACAAUCGUCUUUUUGUGUAGUAGGAAGAUUCAGAGAUGUCGACGGAGAAGAGCGCUGCUGUCUUUUUUGGGCUUGUAGCGGUCUGCUCCUCUUUGGAUUAGACACGUAGAACUUAACACAUACAAAGGCCACGAAAGCUACAUCUGGAGCAUGUGCACCCUCAACACGCCACAUACACACACACACACACACUCACUGUGCAUGCUAAUGAGACAGGGUAUGUUUGAUGGAAGCAAGCACACUGCUGCACCUGUUUGACAUCCAGAAGGUGGAGCAAAUUUAAAAAAAAGAAAAGAUAAAAAAGGAGAAAAGAAAAGAUAAAGAAGAGGAUAUGUUCUCGACACUGCAGGGACUGUGGGAAAUUUACAAUUGUGUUUUUUUUUUUUUUUUUUUUUUUUUUUUUUUUUUUUUUAAAUUCAUGAGCUCUCCAACAAUUUUUGCCGAGAUGUUGUCAAGAAUAAAGGAGCCUCCUUCCACAUUGGCAUCACAUAAGUCGAAUCGUCACACCAGUUACAACCAGCCUGUAUUGCAUUUUUUGCAUCGUUUUUUUCUCUCGUCUCCAUGGUAUUGGAGCUUCCACUGUUUCCCUACCUCCAUGACACCCUGUAGCGCCGAGGUGAACAUGCCUCGUGCUUUUUGAGGCCAAGGACAAUCAAGGACAAACUCCGCACGGAGGACAGGCUGUGUGGCCUGUUGAGGUUUAACACUGGGGUGGGGGAUCACCUAGUUGUAGGGUUGGUCUCUCGCUUUCUCUUUCUAUCUGUUCAUCUAUCUAUCUAUCUAUCCACUUCUACCUUUACAUCUGUCUUUAACCUAGAUAGCUGUCUGUCUGUCUUUCUUUACAUGGGGUCCUUCUAGACCUUGAGAAGGGAAAGGUGCUAUGGUGAUAAACUGGAAAUUCCUUAAUGGUGCUGAAGUUUGUGUGUCCUGCGUGUGUCCUUUUCCCCUGCCCCUAUCUCAGUCACACCAGCAAUAAUGAUGACCUGAUGUUGAGUGGAGUGAACUUAGGUCCUAGAGGGCAUUCUCAUGCAUUAGUCUUCCUCUGAUCGCCACUAAUCACCUCUCGCAAUGGCUGUACAAGUCAUUUGUACACAUGUAUUUUUUUUAUCAUCACAGCCACAGUCUGUCGGAAUGCUCUAAUGUUUUGCAUCCGUGAAAUUGUCGUUUUUUUUUUGUUUUUGUUUUUUAAACAAAAAGUAUCAAAGCCAUAUGUUAAACGUUUUGUGCAGCAAAAAUGCAGCUCAAGUCACGCCAACACAGAACCAUAGAUAAGUGCUUUGCUGCCUCCUGUUGGUCAGAGGAAGACCUGAUGAGAUUGCCAUCUUUAGUAUUCGUAGGGUAGGAGUUUGCUUGGUUUUAAAGGCAUUAGAUGAUGUACAGGGAUGGAUGAAUGACAGAGUAUCCUACUUAAUUUAUUUGCUUCUUUUUGGUAUCUGACUUGAUCAGUUUCUUUUGAUGGCUUUUCAACUGUGUAUUUAUUAUUAAGUCCUGAAUGCAUCCUAUAUCCUCACCUCCACACUGUACAAAGUAUUUUUUUGUAAAUGUUGAUAUUAUUAAACAGUUUACUUUAGCUCAACCUCGCACCACACUAAGUAAGUUUCCUUGACAUUUUAAAUGCCUGGCUUGAUGAGGCAUUGGGUAUUGAUUGAUUGGGCAAAACUGCAACCAAACUUAAUUAGGACACAGUUGCCUGAUUUGCGUGCUAAAAAUUCCAUUUGUAUUUUCUAAUUUUUAUACCAUGGAUGUGUUACGGAGUGGUAAAUAACUACUUUUAAUUGAUUUUCAUUUGUUUUUUUAAAAAAAGAGUCUGUCACUAUUUCUAAAUUCAUGCACUGUCCGUGAUGUUUGCUCCACCCUAUCUUUCUAUUUUGCUAAUUUCUGAAUUUAAGAAAAUUCCAAAUUUGAGAUGGUAUGGUGCCUAACUGCUAAGUGGGGUCUGCAGUUUGUCUCAGGGAACGAAUCACAGAGCUGACAUCUGAUUUCAUCACCAGCAAUGUCCGUCUGUGUUACUAUGGUUUCAGCUAUCAUGACGACGCUAUUUACGUACCAUAUCUUUAUGAUUAUGAUCCUGAGCCUUGGCCAAGCUCUUGGAGUACUACCUAAUGACCAUUUUAUUACUUUAAGUGAUUUAAAAAUACUUUGAUGGCUCACAUGAACUCAAUAUUGUAAUUUUAAAUAUAGCAGGUUAACCUAGGAGACCCAUGGUUGUACUUUGACCAAAUGUUUGAGCAAAAAUAAGAAGUACCUCAAUGUAAGUAUCAUUUGUGAUUGCAUUACACCAGAUGUGUUCUGAGUUAGGAGUGUUUUACGCAUGAGAAGCCUUUUUUAUUUUGUUGGUGGGUGGAAACAAUAUUCAAGGAGAAUUAACAAAAAAUGAAAGCGCCUCUACCUGACGGACAUGAUGUCCCUUUCUGAUACAAAAUUAAAUUUUUAGGAUGUGAACGUACUUUUUGCUACUGACUGUUGGUCUGUGUCCCUGUUUGUAGAAAGAAAAGAGUCAAGAUCCAUUUGAUGUAAGAGAGCUAAUCUACUACUUCCAACUACAAUACAUAACAGCAAUGGUGAUUCAACAUCUAUCCAAUACUAUUAUAUAUUAUUUUGACAUCCUAGAGUUUUUGAUUUUAAGCAAACUAUUUUUUAAGCUUUAAAAAAAACCCUGACCAGACAAGUUAACUAACUGGAUUAGCUGGAGCACAGCUUAACUUGUGAAUGCAAUGGUGAUAAUACCUCCCAUAAACACACUAUUGAACGUGUUGUAAGUCCUCAUCAUUGACCUUGACAUGCCCUUUCUUUGUUCUCUUACACAGAAAUAACAUUACAAACCACUUAGCUAGAUGUCCUUGUCAGAGCCCAUGUCACAUUUCCACAAUCUAGAGGUGCUAGCCUGCUGGCAGGGUUUUGCUCAUGCCUUCAGUGAUAUGUACAGUAUUUAUUUGGCUUCAUCUCUACAUUACAUCACAACUGUGGUAUGAAAUGGGUCACUGUGUUUGAAUUUAUAGAAUGGAACUGAUUUCAAUAUUUUGUAUGUGCUUCGUUAUUUAAAAAAAAAACAAAUGCAAUGUCAGUUCACUUUGAAAAAUGGCCUGUAAAUAUUGAAAAAAAAAAAAUACAAUUUCCUUUGUGUAUGAACUGUUUGUUCUUUAUACUAGCUUUGAACAAGAUUUCAAGUGGCAAAUAAAUCUGUUUAUUAAGUCAA